UGCACGUGCCCUUGUCCAUGAAGUACAACUGCCCGAGCCAGUCUACGUGGAAACUGGCCGUGACGUCACUGCUCACCGUGCUGCGCGUUGGUCUGCCCAUAGCGCACAACAACGAGGCCCACUUCAAGGACCUGUGGUCGGACCUGGCGGCGACGCUCGAGGAGUUCCUCUUCUCGUCCAGCAAUCCACCACCAACCCAGAGCCUGGAGGACCAGCAGUGUGAUGAAAUGUUGGACUGCAAGGUAGUACAGCUUAUACGAGAGAUCAUCUUACCCCAUUCAAGCCACGUGCCGAAAGAUUUUGUGCUCAAGAUUGUUGCCCUCCUGAACAAGGGUUCUAUUCACUCAGCAACAAGUAGUACACCUGUUGAUACGGAGUCUACACGCAAGCUGCGUGAAGAGUUCGCCAAAGCGUGCUUUGAGACACUGCUGCAGUUCUCUUUUCUUGGCGGCAUCGUGUUGCCAGAGGGCGGCGUUGUCAACCGCCUGGCUGUUACUUCACUCCUCCAUCGGUUCCAGGAGGUUAUCUGCCAUUAUGUGGAAGACGAGCAGCUAAGUGGCAAAUGCCCUCUGCCACGGCAUCGCAUGGCCGAGAUAUCCUUUGUUCUCAAAGCCGUGGCAACCCUCACCGCCUCGCUCAAGAAGGCACCGCCAAAUAAUGUUGAAUGGAGUGUCUGGGAACAACUGAUUGCCCUGUAUCCCCAUCUCGUGAGCUGUAGCACGUCGACAUCAGCCCAAGUUUGCCGAUCGCUGCGAGAAGCUCUCCACGAGUAUGCCGAUCUUCUGGCACCGCCCCGGUCACCACCGCCUCAAAGAAAUGGGGGUCGACCAGCCGCCACUUAGCCUCUCACAAAACUUUUUUUCAAAGAACCACCCUUUCCGCCAUCGCAGUGUGACAACAUCCGAGUCUGAACGUUCGCGAUCCAGAUUCCUGAAGUGUGAACACGUUGUUUAGAUGUAUUACCUGAUGUUGGUCAACAUUCUGGGAUCUCCCAUUGCUUUACAAAUUGUGGCUACGGCUUUUGCGUGAUCAGUUUUGCACUUAUGCUAGAGGUGACAGGACCGCCGGUUGUUUUCUCCCUGGCCCUGGUGUUGUCAAGUGCGAGCAUGCCCUGUGUUUUUCAGGAUCAUGGUCAUUGUCUUACACAGUUCAGUAACUGUAACAGAAGUCAUGUAUGCCAUAGCGCAGUUGUGUUUACGAUUUGCUACUGAAAGGUAUGCUGCUCAUGGCAGGGAUGCCAGAGGCUUACUGUUUCUCUUGCAGCAUUGGAAAAUAACAAAAAGGGACACAGCCCUUGACUUUCC